UUGUAUAUAUCUUUUCAUGUCAUUUACCAUGCUUGUCAAGAUUCUAAUAAGAGAAAAAAGGAUGGCUCAAUAUCGUGCUCUCUAAGGAAGAACAGAAGAUCUUCUAUUGCUGGUGAGGAGGAUAAAGGUGGUAAAACCUCAAGGCAGCUGAGAAAACAAGCAGCUCGUAAACCUGCAAACAGUUCAUUCAAUGAGGAUGUUGAAGAUUUGGAAGGAACUAACCUGAACUUAUUAUUGGACCAUGGAAUGUUUUAUGCUUCCAACUCAUUUUUUGACUAUGCCAAGAACAGAAGGAUAUUAUGGGGAUGGUCAAAGGAGUGUGAAACCACACAAGAUGAUUAUGAGAAAGGAUGGGCUGGUCUACAGAGUAUUCCAAGGCAAGUUUGGCUUCAUAAAAGUGGGAAGUGGUUGAUGCAGUGGCCAAUUGAAGAGGUAGAAAAACUACAUGACAAACAAGUUAGCAUAAUGGGAGAGAAACUGGUUAGUGAAUCAACUAUUGAAGUCUCUGGUAUCCCUGCAUCACAAGUCGAUGUAGAAGUGUGGUUUGAGCUACCUGAACUAGAGAAUAUGGAGUGGCUAAAUGAAAGUGAAGUUGAUCCCCACUUGCUGUGUAGUGAAGAGUAUGCAUCAAGAAGUGGCAUAAUAGGUAUGUGGCCGCUGGUUGAUCUCUUGCAUUGGAUACAACUAUUGGUAUGUGGCCGCUGGUUGAUCAUUGGUGCCAGUUCUUGCAGGCUCGGCAUAACAAAGCAAUAUCUAGGGACACAUGGUCUCAGCUUUUGGAGUUUGCAAAGGUAAAAUAAUAAACUAUUAAUCCUUACCGUAAACAUAGUCAAUGGUGCCCUCAUAAUGUGAAUGAACACUUCCUGUCUUCAUAGGGAUUUAUUGUUGCAUGAAUAUAUCUAUAUCUAUGCUUGAUGUCUGGCUAUCUGUCUUUUAUUCUGUUUGUCUCAUUUUGUCUGCGUAUGAUCAUCUUGCACUUGGUGGCUAGUUAUAGUAUCCAAGCAACUUUCAUUUUAAAUCAUUAAGGUCUUCUUUCUAUCUUGACUGAUGGGGGAUCUGAAGACCGAAAAGGAUUAAGCGAUGAAGCCAUGGAGUGGAAUCAGAUCCAAGAAAAGGAUUAAGGUUUUCUUAUUUUUACUUUAUUAAUAUUGUUUUAUUUGCAGGUGAAAAGCUGCUUAAGACCAACUGUAAGAUAUAUGUGUCCUCAAUGGAGUUGGGAUUUUUUCUGCAUAAAUCAUUUAUUUAUGUUAUGCAGGCCCUUUCUAUACAUAGUUGAAUUUAUAGUUUAAUUUGGUUGGUUGAGAAUGUGGAAGUCUAUUUUUGGUUGCUUUUGCAGGGGAAUGAAAAUGUCUUUGUUGGUGAAGGGUAGGUGAGAGAAAUGAAAGGUGUGUUGGGUUGAAUAGGUAUGGGAUCAAUGAGCAACAACAACGCACGAAAGGUGGUGUGUGUGACGGGUGCUUCUAUAUUAACCUUUUCUAUUAUUAGAAAUUUUCUUUUUUCUAUUAUUUUAUUAUAUUUUUAUUUUU